CGGGCUGAGGGGAGCGCGUCCCGCCGGUCCCCAUGGCGGGGUCGGGGGGCUGUCCGUCGUCCUUCGUGGAGGCGCUGGGCCGGCUGUGGCAGGUGCAGAGCCGGCUGGGCAGCGGCUCGUCGGCCGCCGUGUACCGGGUGCGCUGCUGCGGGGAGCCCGGCCUGCCCCCCGGGGCCCUCAAGCAGUUCCUGCCGCCGCCGCCCGGGGCCAACGGGGGGGCCAACGGGGGGGCCAACGCCGCCGCCGCCGCCGCAGCCGCCGCCGCCGGGGCCGCCGCCGAGUACGGCUUCCGCAAGGAGCGCGCCGCGCUGCAGCGACUGCAGGGACACAGGAACAUCGUGACCUUGUACGGAGUGUUCACCAUCCAGACCUCUCCAAGCGUGCCAUCGCGCUGCCUCUUGCUCGAACUCCUAGACAUCAGCGUUUCCGAGCUCCUUUUGUAUUCCAACCACCAGGGCUGCUCCAUGUGGAUGAUCCAGCACUGUGCCCGCGAUGUGCUCGAAGCCCUGACCUUCCUGCACCGCCAGGGCUACGUCCACGCCGACCUCAAGCCCCGCAACAUCCUCUGGAGCGCCGACGGCGAGUGCUUCAAGCUCAUCGACUUUGGGCUGAGCUUCAGAGAAGGCAAUCAGGACGUGAAGUACAUCCAGACGGACGGGUACCGGGCCCCCGAGGCGGAGCUGCAGAACUGCCUGGCGCAGGCUGGGCUGCCGGGGGGCGCGGAGUGCACGGCCGCGGUGGACUUGUGGAGUCUCGGGGUUGUUCUACUGGAAAUGUUCUCGGGGAUGAAGCUGAAGAACGCCGUCCACUCUCAGGAAUGGAAGGCGAACAGCUCCGCCGUCAUCGACCACAUAUUUGCCAACAAAGCGGUGGUGAAUGCGGCGGCCAUCCCAGCCUACCACCUGAGGGACCUCAUCAAAAGCAUGCUGCACGACGACCCUGCGCGGAGAAUUCCGGCCCGAGCGGCGCUGUGCAGCCCCUUCUUCAGCAUCCCCUUCGCCCCCCACAUCGAGGACCUGGUGUUGCUCCCGACGCCGGUACUCAGGCUGCUGAACCUGCUGGAGGAGGAAGACCUGGAGAACGAGGAAGAGUACGAAGACAUUGUGGAGGACGUGCGUGAGGAGUGCCAGAAGUAUGGGCCCGUGGUGUCUCUGCUCGUCCCCAAGGAGAGUCCUGGCCGAGGCCAGGUGUUCGUGGAAUACGAGAACGCCGGCGAUUCCAAAGCUGCCCAGAAGCUGCUGACCGGAAGGAUUUUUGACGGCAAGUUUGUGGUGGCCACGUUCUACCCGCUGAGUGCCUACAGGAGGGGCUAUCUGUACCAAACCUUACUUUAGCUGGCGGCUUGGGCGGGCGCCCUCCUUCCUGCGUCUCCCAGGCUUCCGCAGCCCACCUGUGAGCAGUGCCGCCGCUUCCCAUUCCGCUGGGCAGGGAGGGGGGACUUCCAGAACUGACCCCGCUGGUCCCAGCCCGGGCUGGGGUGGGCACCGGUCCCCAUCGCCAUGGGGACAGGCGUUCGGGGGAUCCUAGACUCUGCUGGGGCGGGGAUUUCCAUCGGUGGGUCCAGGGCAGCCCGGGGCUUGGUGCCCACCUGUGGCCAAAACCAAUCAGGUGUGACGUCUCCCCCACCCCCUGCCUGCCUCCCUCCCACCCCCCAACCCGGGGUCCCGCCGUGGCCAAGGUAGUGAGUACUCGGGUGGCCGCCACCCUGAGCUCUGUCCACUUUUCCCCUGUGGGAGGAGGACUCCAGUCCGGAAUAUUCCUUCAGCAACUGCAAUGAGCCCAUCCAAACCCUUUUUUUAUUAAGGCUUUUACUGAUCUUGCACAAUUUUAUGCUUGGUUGUGAGUAUGAGUGUGUGUGCCUGUGUGUGUUUGCACGGUGCAGGAGCGGGCGUCCCUCCGUCCCUGCGCUGGUUGAGUGUCUCGUGUGAGCCAGGUUGGUUCCAAGGCUGAGCCUGGAUAUCCUUGAGGCAGGUUUGAGAGCGGGAGAGUGAGCGGGGAGCAAAAAGGAGUUUGGUUCCAGAGAGCCGCUGAGAGGUGGGCGGUGGGCGACAGGGAGGGAGAGGGGAACCAGGCUCUUGCCCAAAGGAAUGUCCUGGAAUGUCUUGAAGAGGGUGGAGGGCAUUUUAUCGUGGGUGAAAGGGGAGGGGGCCUGGCUGCCGCGUUGCCAGCCUGGGUCCUCAGGCGAAGUGCCUUCCCGGCGGGGUUGGAUCGGGGCCCGAGCGGGGUUGGGGGUGCCGGACCCCAUGAGGAGCCGAGGGGAGAGGAGGGAUCGGCCAGGGUUUUUAAGAGGGUAGGGAAUCCCCAUGGUCCGGUUUGGCAGCGGGAUGGAAGUGGGGAACGGGGAGCCCCUUGUUUCCCCUGGUACCCGGAAACCCACGGUAGCGAGCAUGAAAGUAUAGCGACAGGCCUCCAGCACGGUCACCGGAGGCCACUCUGCCUCCACCUUCUGGGGCAGGGCAGCUUGAGAGUUAUAGAGGGAGGCCUCCUGAUUCGAAACAAUCAGUGGUGCUUAGUGAGUGCUUACUGUGCGGAGCACUGAACUAAGUGCUUACCGAGCCACCAGAACCGUGGAGUCUUCUCCUAUUGUGGUAGGGAUUUUUUUAGUACCGUGACCUUGGGGUGCAGCAUUCUGGGGUGCCCCUCUCCCUCAGGACCCUCGGGGUCAGUGGUCUUAAGCAGACAAAACAUCACGGCUCCUUCUCUGGGUAGAUACCCCCAUCUCAUAUCCGUUAGGUUUUUCAUUGGCAGUUGGUCAUACGCCCCUCUUGGGGCACGGCAGAUGCCAGUCCCCGCAGGUGUGGGCUUAGAUGAAGCGGUCUCUCUGGGCCAGUGGAGAAAACGGCCAUUUCAGGCUGCCUGUCAAUCAACCAAUGAAUCAAAGGUACUGACGGAGCACUUAACGGUGUGCAGAGCGUUGUACUAAGCACUUGGGAGAGUACGAUACAGGUACAGUAGAGUCGGUAGGUGUGAUUCCGGCACCCAGGAGCUGACAGAUGAGGGGGCCCAGCUGAAGCAGCAGUGGGUCAAAGAGAGGAAGGGCAUGGUGUUCCCUGAUUGCCCACGGGAAACCGGAGCAGUGGGUGGAACUGCCUUGCUACCAGGGACCGAGUGAGGGAGGGGGCCGGCUGGCCCAGCUACCCCGGUCCCCGGAGAGGGGUCUCCGAGCCGGGCCAGGUCCCCCACUUAGCCCACACAGUCGGCCACUUCGCCUCCCAUCCCUGGGUGGUGUCCUCGUCCCCGCCUCCCUAAUCCCAGACCAAGUCGGGCUGUCACCCCGGUUUCCUCUUCAAAAACGGGCUGCGUCCGACACUCCCGGGGGAGGGAGGGGCCGCUCGGCUCUCCCCGGUCCUCACUCGGGCCUCCGGCUUCAGGGGGGCAGGGGAUGACCCCCGCCCUCUUCUUGCUGCAGACUCCCAUCCCUUUCCUUGCCUGGCCUCAGCCAGCUCCCAGGGCCGAGGCCUCGCGUCUCUCUUGCCCGCCCGGGCGGGACUCGUCUCAGUGCAGGUGUCUCGGGGGAGUCUGACUGUACCAGCUGCCCACCCGCAGCUGGUCCAGGUGGUCCUGCUGGUCAGGGCUGCCGCCAGAAACACCCCUGCCAUGACACGGCACCUCUUGCCGGGCGGCCCGCGCCUCCGGUCACCGUUGGUGCUUCGCCGUGGCCAAGUAAGGAGGGAAGGGAGGAAGCCUUUUCUCCCAGCAGCUAGGUCUUGGGCAUGUUCUGUGGAUGAAAUUAAUCUCUUCGAGCUCCGUGCUCCCUGUCCUACCGCUGUCCAACUGUCGCUGACCUCUCCGGGCCGUCGAGCGGGAUCGGAAACUCGUGUCCCUGCCUUUGUGGGGCCACCCAGAUGAUAGCAGCCUCUCUUGGCUGCCCAGGCUCAGUGGCGUAGUCAUUGGAAACGGGAAGCUGCCACCUCUGGUGACCUCUCCCCAGCGCUUAGUGCAGUGCUUUGCACACAGUACUCAGUAAAUACAAUUGACUGAUUUUGCACCAGGCGCAGUGAGGGCGGCGCUCGUCCGCACUAGCUGCAAAGGAGUAGCACCUUAUUGUUGAGUGAAGUGUGUGUGUGUGUGUAUGUGAGUGUGUGCACGUAUGCGGGGAAAAGUGUAGUCUUGUGCAUGGUGAGCUGUGUGGAGUCAUCCCCUCUGCAGACCAGGAAGCUGGUCAUCCCUCUGAGUCCCUAGUGUCGUUAUCCCGGGCGGGAAUCUGAGUGGCCCUCCUGCCCUUCCUUCCCUCCCUCCCUCCCUUCUCCAGGGGGUCACGCCCUGCCAGGUCCAGCUGUGCUGUGGGGGUGGAGAUCCGCCACCGGGAUUCCAGGAAUAUGGAACUGCCCCCCGGAAGGGGGGUAGGGGAGAGGCUGAGGAAAGCUUAGACCCGAGCCCAGUGCGGGAAGUGUUUUUUCUCCCGUCGGGGCCUCUUCCCUGUCCAGAUUCCAUGGCCGGGUGGGCAGUGCCCGGGGCACCCCCCCGAAUGCUGGCAGUGGCCCCGGUGCCCGGCGGCCGUGCCUCCGCCCCUUCUGGCUCCCGGAAGGGCCGAGUCCCAUCCGUGUAUGGCACUGCUCUGAGGGCCGCGUGAGCAAGAGAGGCAGGCAGCAGCGACAUCGAGGAUCGGGCUGGCCACCAGGCUUCGACUCGGAAGCAGUCGGAACUGUGACCUCGGGAAGCCCGCUGCAGCCCCCAAACCCCCAACGCUGCAGGGGGAGAGAGGGGGCUGCGGUCCCGCCACCCUCCCCGCUCCCUCUCCCCCCAAAUAGAUGAUCCUUCCCGCCUGCCUCCAACCCAUCUGGGCGCAAAGGACGCUAAAGGUGCACAUACUACUGAUCUGGAGGCCAGUCUUGUCAGUACUCCACUCUGAGCCUCGCCUCGCCUCCAUCUGCCCCAAAAGCCGUGAGCAGUCCUGUUUGGAGCAGCCGCCCAGGUAGCCCGGAGCGGGCUUUGUCAUCGGCCUCUCUGUAAGCCCAAAUGCCCUGCCCGGUUUUGCUGUAGACCAUCUUCCUCCCGCGCGGUGCCCCAUCGGCCUGUCUCCUGAAACCUGCUUGGCAAGGGUGAUGAAAUAAAGCUUAAGAAAGCGA